GAAUUCUAUAAAAAUGUCAUUAUUCACCUGUCUAUUCCGACAGUAUUCCUUUGUCCUUUUGACUAAAGUAAUUUAUAUUUUCGUGCUAUUAAAACAAUCUAUUAUUUAUAUCGAAAAUCUUCCUAAUUGUUAAUAAGAUGCGUUCACUUACUUUGUUGGCUGCUAUUUUUGUAGCAGGUGGUGCAUUAGCUUCUGCUACUGAUGAUAAAAAAGUCGUCUGUUACUUUGGAAGUUGGGCAGUUUACCGGCCAGGAAGAGGAAAAUUCAACAUUGACUAUAUUGACCCUCAACUAUGUACCCAUUUAAUCUACACCUUCGUAGGACUUCAAGGCACCAGCGUCAAAGUUUUAGACCCAUGGCAAGAUUUACCUGACAACUGGGGAAAAGAUGGUUUCGGAAGAUUCAAUGCUUUGCGUUCGAAAAAUCCCAACCUUAAGACUCUUGUUGCCAUUGGAGGAUGGAAUGAAGGAUCAACUAAAUAUUCCAACAUGGCAAAGACUGCUGAGAGUCGUGAGCAAUUUGCACAAAACGUCGUUGACUUUGUGGCUAAAUGGGGAUUCGAUGGAUUUGAUCUUGACUGGGAAUAUCCCAACCAACGUAAUGGUGCCGCUGAGGAUGUUGAUAACUACAUUGAACUUCUUAAGGUGUUGAAGGCUAAGCUUGAACCCAAAGGAUAUCUAUUAACUGCUGCUGUUGCUGCUGCUGAAUCCUCAGCAUCAAAAUCCUACAAAAUUUCUGAAAUGAGCAAAUACUUAGAUCUCAUUAAUCUCAUGGCUUAUGACUUUCACGGAGCUUGGGAAUCCCAAACUGGCAUUAAUGCUCCAUUGAAGGUUGCCAAAAGUGAAUCUGGUGAUGUUCGUGGAUACAAUGUUGAAGCUUCAGUGAACUACUGGUUAAGCCAAGGCGCUCCAAAAGAGAAAUUGGUCGUUGGAGUUCCAUCUUACGGUCGUGCUUUCACUCUUGCUGACUCCAAGAAAAAUUACAUCGGUGCUCCAACUCGUGGUCCAGGAAAAGCUGGUCCUUACACUAGAGAACCCGGUAUGUUAGGUUACAAUGAGAUCUGUGAAAUGCACUUGAAAGGUGGCUGGAAUGUUUACUUUGAUGAAGAAAGACGAGUUCCUUACACUCACAAAAAUGAUCAAUGGAUUGGAUAUGAUAACGUUAAAUCUCUUCGUGAAAAGGCUGAAUUGAUCAAACGUUUAGACCUCGCCGGUGUUAUGUUAUGGAGUGUUGAAACAGACGACUUCCGUGGUGUCUGCGGUGAAAAAUUCCCAGUCUUAAGAACACUUCAUGCUGUUCUUCGUGGUGGACAACCUGUAUCUGAAGAAACUGUUGUAGUUUCAUCAGCACCAGAGCCAUCAGCUGAUGACUCUGUGACUGUUGAUUCAAGUGUUGAACCAUCUUAUGAUGAACAACCAUCAAGCCCACCCCAUCCAUCAGAUGGACUCUGUACCAAAUCUGGAAACGUUGCUAAACCCGACUCUUGCGACUUUGUCAUGUGCGUACCUGAUGGAAAUGGAGGAUACUUAGAAUAUGAUCGCCAAUGUGGUGAAAGUUUAUGUUAUAAUCCAACCUUAGGUAUUUGUGAUUGGGAAACUAAAUAGAUCUUAAUUACAACAGUAAAUAAAAAAAAUUAGAUUUCUUUUAAUUAUAGAUGUCACUUUAGACAUAAUCUGAUUAUUGUAUUAAAAUAAUAAAUAAAAUCUUAUGAAUAUUAAAAAAAA